AUGGCCUUGCCUGACCGGGUGAUGGACAUUGUCGACCCAGUACUUCUAAAUGAGGUUCAAGAGGUUACUGCUACUAAUCGUAUACUGGUACAAGAAAGAAACAUUAAAAGAAAGGAAUGCCUCAUCUCAAUGAUAAGGGUCGGAGUUGCAUGUUCAAUGGAGAUAGCACAAGAUCGAAUGAACAUAACCAAUGUUGUUCAUGAAUUACAAGAGGUCAAGAACAUCCUUCUCCAGCCUAAAACUAUUCUCAUCAGGCAAGGAGACUUGAGAGCCAAACAAACACAAGCAAACUCUGUGAGAACAUUUGAGUCAGCUAAUGGAGUGAAAGUUGAUCCCAGCGCUGAAAAAGACUGUGUUGAAGAAGGUGCAAAGGUAGAGCAACCAUUUUGGCUUGCUCAGGAGUUCUAUUUGAGGCAAGCUGUAUCAAUAAAUGUUCCGGCUUGUUUUGACCAAAAAACAAGGCAAGAAAUCCAGGCUGAUGCUGCAAAUGUGGAUCUGAGAUCUAGGUGUCCAUGUUUCUACGAAUUUGGCUAUAAGAGCUGUAAGAUAGCACCAAUGGUUGGUGAUCGAACAAUUGGAAAGAUGCUCUUGUCUACAUUUCAGAUGAGGUAUCAGGAUAUCUUAACCAAGGCACACACUGUAGCGUAUGUAAUGGCUUCCAAAUUCUUGACGAUUUUAACAAAAGAAGAAACUAACUUGUAUGAAGCCGCACAACACUCCAUGGCAACCUUUAAAAAGUGGCGGAUAGGUGGCCCCAGAUUUCAGAGGCCCUCAGUUCUUGGGAGGAAGAGGAAACCUAUUGAGUAGGUGCUUUUCCUAACCUAAUUAUAAUUUGUUCACACCA